AUCGGUGCCCAGCAGUGCCACCCACCAGUUCCACCCACCUGUGCCCAGCAGUGCAUCCACCUGUGCCCAGCAGUGCACCCACCUGUGCCCAGCAGUGCCACCGAGCUGUGCCUAGCUGUGCUACCCACCUAUUCCCACCAGUGCCACCCACCUGUGCCCACCAGUGCCACCCACCAGUGCCCAUCAAUGCAGUGCUGCCAGUCAGUGCCACCAGUCAGUGCCCAUCAGUGCCACCUAUCAGUGCUGUCUAUCAGUACCCAUCAUCAGUGGCACCUAUCAGUGCCGCCUAUCCGUGACACCUCAUUAGUGCUGCCUAUCAGUGCCGCCUAUCAG